AGCACAUCCAUGUGCAUGCGUUAUGGGAGGGAUAUCCAUACCUGAUGCGCGCGGUCCGGUGAUGCUAAACUUAUUCAUGUGUGUAAUUGUGCUGGCUCCCAAUGUCCUGUGCCAUGGUAGCGAGUCAAAAUCUAAUUACGUGUAUUCAUACUCAGUCAACAUAUCUGAGGAAUCGAAGCCGGAUAUCCCCCUUAAAACCCUGUUCGGACAGGUUUUGGUUGUGCCGUAUGUUUACAGCAGACCUCAUCCUCACAUAAGUUUUGUACUUGCCGGUGAAAAACUACUGCAUAUACGCAUGACGCUGAAGGAUGGCAUCGAUAACAGUGAAAAGGUGCGUCUGGAAGCGGUGGCGGAGUUCGAUGCAGAAGGGAUGUUAAAGCAGCUCCAUGUUCCUGAAAAUCUUGCCACAAAAACAAGUGAAUUCAGUUUGUUCAAGGGGAUGGUCAACCUAUUUGUUGUUCACCCAAAUUUCGAAUCUGGUUUUGAGACCGGAGCUGCAGGAACAUGUCGCGUUUCCUACGCUACCGUUCAAACUAGUUCCAGCGAAUAUUUGUCGGUGGACAAAUUAUUUUCCACCUGCUCGCCGGUACAGAAACCGCUAGACACAUGGCGGUACAGCCUUAUUCCUACUUCAAAGGUGCAUAGUACAAGGGAACUGAGAGUACGCUAUCGUUUUCAUGCACACAAAGGUGAUUUACUUCAAGCUAUCGCAUACGAAAAGCAGACCUAUGAUUCAGUUUCUGGGACAAAUUUGAAUCAGCUAAACAUCGUAGCUUGGCAAGAUCUACAGCUUGUUAAAGUAGCCGAUGGAGAACCCGAAAACAUCCCUCCAACAAUGGACCUCAAUGAGAUGGCCAAGCAGCUAACAGGUUCCGAGAACAUGCCCGUGCACUUGGCUCCUGCAUUCCCUCUCGAGCACGAUUUGGAAGCAUGUAGUCUGAACGUUCAUCUGUACAACCCUGACGGCAAUGGCAAUGGUAAAUUUAUUACAAUUGACCAACUGCGUAAUGUUAUCGAGAACGCUCGCAAUGCAUUACACUCAGAACGCUUGGGGACACUACAGCCACUGCAUACGGUAGUGCAACUGACGCGAUUCUUGCGAUGUCUACCCAACCAUCGUAGUGCCGUGGAUCUCCUUACACUCGCCUCAAUGCUUAGUCCCCCUGCUACCGAGGCGAAGAUGCUAUAUCGACAGGGACGAUCCUGGCGUGACCAACUGGUUAGUGUGCUGAUUGGUUGUGGUACUCCAACUUGCGUUACGGUCGUUCUACAACGUUUGGAAGCGCUCACUGAAGUUGCUCUGGUUGAAAAGACUGAGACCAACGGUUUGCCUCAGGAGGUAGUAAUUGCUCGUGAAAUGUUGUUUUCAAAACUGUGGCCAGCACUGACCCACCUACGCCAACCGACAUCUCAUACGUACGUAAGAUUGUUAAAAUGUUGCCAACCAGUUUCUGAUUGGUCACACCAAACUGUUUGUUUGAGCACGCUACUCAAUCUGUGGCCACAGUUGUAUGAAGAACACUUGGAGUUACGAAAUGAACUCAUUGGGAUCACAGAAAAGCAGCUACUGAUAAGUUCACCUAAUACGGUAAAGCAGCAAGAGGAGGACCGUUACAAGCUUAAUUCGAGGCUCCUGUUCGGUCUGAUGGCGACGGAGAAACUGAAGGCCAUUGAACUAUUUGAUUUGGUUCUACAAAUAGUAACGAAUUCGGAACAUAUCUACCCUCCCGUGCGUGCAGCUGCUGUGCGCACACUCGCCUCAAUUUGGACAGCGGAUAAGGAUAUAAAGUUCUCAAAUGCAUUCAGAUCCAACAUCAGAACAACCAACGUACGCUCAUUAUUGAGGGAUCAGUUAUUAAGUAUCCCAUCAGACUCGGAAGAUGACCUACUUUUAGGUAUAGAGUUAUUUAAUGCAUUGGUUACCCUUGAUCCCUGCGCGCACAUGAUCAGUGACCUACUGAGGCAGUUGAGCAGCCAGAAGCGCUGGCCUCUUGUUCGCGCUUGUCGUCUACUGGUGAGGCAGAGCUGUGUCGCGGAGCAACUUUCAGCAUCGGUUUGUAACUGUCUGGGAGAGAACGUUUCUGUGGGUUCCGGCGAAUUCCAAUCUUGUUUACUUGGCUAUGCUGGUGGUUGGGCUGGCCUUGCAGGUGGUAACGGAUCCGACGUUGGAUAUAAUACUUUCGUUCAUGGGGACUUGUUCAAUGUGAAUGGCUCUUUCAUUGUUGAGUACUUAAUACAUUUGGUCAAUGGCCCAGACAAAGAGCUUCGGAAGUUUAACUUGUUAAUUUCUCUUCUGAAUGCAGAGGGUGAAAGUAAGUUAUUUGAGUUCGAUGUCAGCGCAAAAGGCCUGGAAACAUUUGCAGGAAGCUUUGGUCUAGGGGUGCUUCCGAAGAAAACAGUUCAAAACGAGGGAGCCUGGGUUAGCCUCGGGCUCACCGAGUUCGAUACCAUUCUGCCUCCAUGGUUGAUCUUUUCGGGAGGUAUGAGUGACCUACUUCAUCUACUAUGGCACGUUCCUUCCCACCCUACACCCGUCUUACAAAUAUUACGUCCACUGAUUGACGAACGUCAGUAUAGCGCAUUUGCUGCAGGAUUUGUGCUUGGUUUGGAUGCACUUGCUGUAGUAUCCGUUGAGGUGUCCGGUGCUAUGGAAACCAGCGUGUGGUCUCAGUCGGGCCGUAGUUUGGUGCGCACCAGAAUCGGUAUGGCAGGCGAAGUAUAUGCUCGCAUUUUAGGUAAAUCCGAGGGCCUAACAGCAACUGAUCCCCGCUUCGUUGUCAAAGGAGUUGGUGGUGAGGGAAACUUGGAUUUUGUUUCACACAUCAACGUUCGCGAUUUGCCAGAUGGAAUUUGUCUUUCCAUGAAUCGGCCCUCUGAUAUGGAGUUACUUGUCUGGGAGAGCACAAAGCCGUCGGCUUCCUGUAUACCAUCCCAAUGGAACCAUUAUGAGUACCGAGAUCCAACUAAUCAUGCGGACUACACAGUGACCCACAGGGCAGUGAAUCCCGGUGUCUCCUACGAGCUUGGCCGAAACAAUACAGAGAGGUGCAACCAAAUGUCUGUUUCUAGUUUGUGGUAAGAUAACUUGGGCAUUCCCAACGUUCUGUACACAUAGGAGGUACAUUGUGGUUAUUUUCAUUAUUAUUUUUCCGAAGCAUAUACCCAAAUUCACUUGAUCAGAUGUAAACUGUACAGGUAUGAUUUAAUGAAACAUAGUUACUUUUAUGUAUUCUUGUGUUCCAC